UAAAACCGUUAGGGACGCACAGGCUGCAGUUCAGACGUUUUCUAGGAGGGCAGGUACAAGGACCCGGGGGAUAUUGGAGCCCUCUUAUUGAUCAUUCGCAUCCACACUUUUCUGAACUCCCCUUGUAUCAACGACACUCUUAGUGAAGGCGAACGCUCAUGCAGACACCAAUGCAAGGAUACUGUCAGUUUAAUCACUCUCAGUCUGCUAAUACACGGACGGAGCUGUGAGCAUGUAAAACAGUCACCGCAGGAAUGGACAAAAGGAACUACUACGUUGUCGUUCUGAUACUUCUUUUUCAAGUGCUGGACUUAACAUAUGGGCAGUUCUUUCCAGGCAGCUGUUCAUUUGAGGAGCAUUACAGUAGUUGUGGGUACAGCGUGGCUCUCGGGACCAAUGGCUUCGCCUGGGAGCAAGUCAACACAUGGGAGAGGCCUACCAUGGACGCUGCCGUCCCCACAGGUUCCUUCAUGAUGGUGAACUCGUCUGGCCGUGCUUCAGGCCAGAAGGCCCACCUCCUCCUACCGACGCUCAAAGAAAAUGACACGCACUGUAUUGACUUCCAUUACUCCCUAUCCAGCCGUGAUGGCCGCAGCCCUGGAGCUCUCAAUGUCUACAUCAAGGUGGAUGGCGGCCCUCAGGGAAACCCCAUCUGGAAUGCCACGGCCCCGGUCACUGAGGGCUGGGCCAAGGCCGAGCUGGCCAUCAGCACUUUCUGGCCCAACUCCUACCAGGUCAUAUUUGAGGCAGUGUCCAUGCAAGGGCAUCCUGGAUUUAUUUCUGUGGAUGAGGUCCACGUUCUGGCUCACCCCUGCCGGAAGACGCCCCAUUUCCUUCGACUGCAGAACGUUGAGGUGAAUGUGGGGCAAAAUGCCACCUUCCAAUGCAUUGCAGGGGGCAAGUGGUCACAAGAGGACAAACUAUGGCUUCAGCAGUGGAAUGGAAAGGACACCUCCCUGAUGGUGACUCGCUCGGUGAACCAGCGGCGAUUCUCCGCCACCGUACGUGUGGCCGACACCUCUCAGCGCGGCACAAGCCGCUAUCGCUGCGUCAUCCGCUCUGACGGCGGUUCAGGAGUCUCCAAUUACGCCGAGCUUAGUGUGAAAGCUCCCCCAACACCAAUCGCCCCUCCUGAACUUCUCGCGGUUGGCGCCACCUACCUGUGGAUCAAACCAAAUGCUAACUCCAUAAUCGGUGAUGGGCCCAUCAUCCUCAAGGAGGUGGAGUAUCGAACAACCACUGGCAACUGGGCCGAGACCCACAUCGUGGACGCACCAACCUACAAGCUCUGGCAUCUGGAUCCAGAUGUGGAGUAUGAGAUCAAGGUUUUAUUGACACGACCAGGAGAAGGAGGCACCGGCCCUCCAGGCCCACCUCUCGUGACUCGGACCAAGUGUGCGGAUCCCGUCAACGGCCCUCAGAAUGUGAAGGCUGUGGACGUGCGUGCGCGCCAGCUGAGGCUGGAGUGGGACCUGUUCACAUAUGCCGUGACGCGUUGCCACAGCUUUAACCUGACCGUGCAGUACCAGUAUGUCUUCAACCAGCAGGAGUUUGCAGCCGAGGAGCUCAUCUCCACCUCUUCCCACUACAUCCUGCGGGGGCUCCGGCCUUUUGUGACCGUCCGGCUGAGGCUGGUGUUGGCCAACCCAGAGGGCAGCAAGGAGAGUGAAGAAAUUGUUAAACAGACGGAGGAGGAUGUACCCGGUCCUGUUCCUAUGGAGUCCAUUCAGACAGGUCCAUAUGAAGAGAAGAUCUUCAUUCAGUGGAAGGCUCCCAAUGAGACCAACGGUAUCAUCACUCUUUAUGAGAUCACCUACAAGGCCCUGAGCUCCCUGGACCCCAGUGCUGAUCUGAAUGUCCAGCAUGGCCGGGUAUUCAAACUCCAGAACGAGACUCACCAUCUGUUCAUGGGGCUGUACCCCGGCACCACCUACUACUUCACCUUGAAGGCUAGCACCAGCAAGGGUUUUGGCCUACCUGCCACCAUUCGUAUAGCCACCAAGAUUGCAGCACCAUCAAUGCCUGAAUAUGAGACUGACUCGCCUCUGAAUGAGACAGACACCACAAUUACUGUCCUUCUAAAGCCCGCCCAGUCACGAGGAGCCCCUGUUAGCGUAUACCAAGUGGUGGUUCAGGAGGAACGGAAGCAGAAAAUGCGGCGUGCCACUGAUCUCACCGAAUGCUUCCCCGUUCCCGUAAGCUUCCGGAACGCCUCUAUCUUGGACUCGGCACAUUACUUUGCAGCCGAACUUGCUCCAGUCAGCCUAGCAGUGGUACAACCCUUCACCAUAGGGGACAACAAGACCUAUAACGGUUAUUGGAACGCGCCACUGUCUCCUGCCAAGAGCUACAGCAUUUACUUCCAAGCCCUGAGCAGAGCCAACGGGGAAACAAAAAUCAACUGUGUGCGACUGGCUACCAAAGUGGUAAUAGGUAGGGGACAAAAUACCACGCCCUACAUACUUGUCAUUCCCAGUGAAGGAGCAUCUACUCAGAAUUCCAACGCCCUGGACCCCGAGAAGCAGGUUGACAGCACAGUAAAGAUGGCGGGCGUCAUCGCCGGGAUCCUCGUGUUCAUCAUAAUCCUCCUAGGCGUGGUUCUCACUUUCAAACGCAGAGAAAUCCACACCUGGAGAACUCUGAGUGUGGGGAAACUGGCAAAGAAACAGAAGGAGACCGCGACCAGCAGCACCCAAAGGGAGAUGGGACCUGUAGGCACUGCGGACAAAAGCACAGGGAAGGUCAGCACCCUGCACAAGGACGACCCUUUCUCUACCAGCACCCAGGACCUCAACGGAUUUGCCUCCUCUUCUCCCUGCUCUUUUUCUGUCCAGGGCAGCAAAACCCUGCAAAGUAAAUCUCUCCUAAACUCUUACUACUCAGUUUCCAAGGAACCAGUUCCUGCCACCACUUCUCUAGAUGGUAGUCACAGUGAGAUGUCCCAGCCUUCUCUAACCAUCCAGACAUACCCAUAUGGGGGCUGUGAGUCGGUGGAGAUGUCGUACCAAGCAGGCCAGUUCCAGCCAGCGAUACGUGUGGCUGAUCUCCUCCAGCACAUCACCCAGAUGAAGUGUGGCCAGGGCUAUGGGUUUAAAGAGGAGUAUGAGGGCCUGGCAGAAGGACAGACAGCCCCAUGGGAAACAGCCAAGAAAGAUGAGAACCGGAACAAGAAUCGCUAUGGCAACAUCAUUGCUUACCCCACAGAUGAUCACACACGGGUGAGGCUGCAACUGUUGGAUGGAGACCCCCACUCAGAUUACAUCAAUGCCAACUACAUAGAUGGUUAUCACAGGCCGAGGCAUUACAUUGCUACACAAGGCCCUAUGCAGGAGACGGUAAGGGAUUUCUGGAGGAUGAUUUGGCAAGAGAACUCUGCCAGCAUUGUCAUGGUAACCAACCUCGUGGAAGUGGGCAGGGUGAAGUGCGUUCGCUACUGGCCUGAUGAGACCGAGGUAUAUGGUGACAUCAAAGUGACCCUGGUUGAGACAGAACCUCUUGCUGAAUACGUCAUCCGCACCUUCACUGUCCAAAAGAAAGGGCAUCAUGAGAUCCGGGAGAUCCGACAGUUCCACUUCACCAGUUGGCCUGAUCACGGCGUGCCCUGCUAUGCCACCGGGCUUCUCGGCUUCGUCCGGCAAGUCAAGUUCCUAAAUCCUCCAGAUGGCGGGCCUAUAGUAGCUCACUGCAGUGCUGGAGCUGGAAGAACAGGUUGUUUCAUAGCAGUGGAUAUCAUGUUGGACAUGGCAGAGAACGAAGGAGUAGUGGACAUCUUUAACUGCAUCAGAGAGCUGCGCUCCCAGCGGGUCAAUAUGGUGCAGACUGAGGAGCAGUAUGUGUUUGUGCAUGAUGCCAUCCUGGAGGCAUGCUUGUGUGGGAACACAGCUAUCCCUGUGUGCGAGUUCAGGGCCAUCUACUACAAAAUCAGCAGACUGGACCCCCAGACCAACUCAAGCCAGAUCAAAGAUGAGUUUCAGACGCUGAACAUCGUGACUCCACGGGUUCGUCCAGAAGACUGCAGUGUAGGCCUUCUCCCCCGGAACCACGACAAGAACCGGAGCAUGGAUGUCCUCGCCGUCGACCGCUGUCUCCCUUUCCUUAUUUCCGUGGAUGGCGAGUCGAGCAACUACAUUAAUGCAGCACUGAUGGAUAGCCAUAAACAGCCAGCAGCAUUCAUUGUGACGCAACACCCACUGCCCAACACAGUGGCUGACUUCUGGAGGCUAGUGUUUGACUACAACUGCUCCUCCAUCGUCAUGCUCAACGAAAUGGAUGCUGCACAGCUGUGCAUGCAGUAUUGGCCAGAAAAAAGCUCGUGCUGCUAUGGCCCCAUCCAAGUGGAGUUCAUCUCUGCUGACAUCGAUGAAGACAUCAUCAAUCGGAUUUUCAGAAUCUGCAAUAUGGCACGGCCACAAGAUGGCUACCGUUUGGUUCAGCACUUCCAGUUUCUUGGCUGGCCAGCAUAUAGAGAUACUGCUCUGUCCAAGCGCUCCAUCCUACAGCUGGUGAGGCGGUUGGCCAAGUGGCAGGAGCAGUAUGAUGGUGGAGAUGGACGUACCGUUGUCCACUGCUUGACGGGUGGAGGGCGUAGCGGGACAUUCUGUGCCAUCUGUAGCAUCUGUGAGAUGAUUCAGCAACAGAACAUUGUUGACGUUUUUCACACAGUGAAGACGCUCAGAAACAACAAGGCUAACAUGGUUGAAACAAUGGAGCAGUACAAGUUCUGCUAUGAGGUAGCUCUGGAGAGCCUCAGCUCCUUCUGAGUGGGACAGGCCAAGAGAUGAAGAGGAAGAGGAAGAAGAGAGCAGCCAUUUUCAGAACACCACCUUUCAGACUCACUGACAGGCCUUUCCUGCCUGCUGUUAUGAGAACAUGAAGCAGAAAGAUCACAGCCAUGACAUUUGCUCUGUGUAAAGUAUUGUAUAAAGAAAUUAUGAGUGAAGGGGAAAAAGAUUUAAAAAAAAAAACCUGUAUUCACCAUUUUUUUUGUCCAGCAUUGAAGCCUGAA